AUGGUAUCAAAAAAACCCAUUGCAAUAGUUAUUGGCGUUGGUCCAGGCUUAGGAGCGUCUUUAGCUAAACGAUUUGCAAUUGGUGGCUAUUCAAUUGGACUUGUUUCACGAAAAGAAAGUAGUGUACAACCUGUACAAAAGAAACUCGAACAACAAGGCCACACAUCUUUAAGUGUUACAGCUGAUGCUAGCGAUAUAUUGUCCAUGAAAAAUGCUUUUCAUAAGAUACGAACUGAAUUUGGCAGUGAUCCAGAGGUACUAUUGUAUAAUGCUGGCAGAUUUAUUUACAAUAGUAUUUUGGAUUUGAAACCAGAAACUCUAAAAAAUGCACUAAAUAUAAGUGUUAUUGGUGGUUUGGUUGCUAGUCAAGAGGUACUUCCGAGUAUGAUCAAACAAGGAAAAGGAACAAUAUUGCUCACGGGUGCCACAGCUAGCCUUCGUGGUUCAGCCAACUUCGCCGGUUGUUCUGUACCAAAAUUUGCUUUACGCUCACUGUCUCAAUCAAUGGCUCGUGAAUUAGGUCCGAAAGGUAUUCACGUUGCACAUAUUAUUAUUGAUGGGCAAAUCAAUACUCCAAAUCAAAUGCAAAGUCAACCUGAUAGAGACAUUAAUUCAUUUCUCAACAGUGAUGCGAUUGCUGAAGCAUAUUGGCAAUUACAUGUUCAACCUCGCUCAACGUGGACACAAGAACUUGAUCUUCGUCCUUCUAUAGAGAAAUUUUGA